AUGUGGACAGUCAGUGUGAUCGCACUCAGCUUUCUGUUCACCACAGCUCUUUCUGCCCCAGUGAAAGUCAAUGACGACUCCAAGACCUUGUUCCAUGCGGAGGAUUUCCACAUCAUGCUGCCCACACUUGGGUCGGAGGUCACAUUUCAGAACCGAUCUUCUCCGCGGUCACCUGAUGUGAUCCUGAUGCAGGGCGGCACCGUGGUCCACAGCAGGGCCAAACUCAACCGCCAACUCAGCCACCUUAUUAUAGACUCUGUGGGUGAGGGAGAUGAGGGUGUGUACACAGUGAAGAACCCUGAGGAGCCGGAGGACAUCAGACGUAUUACCCUUAUAGUCCGAGAUUGCUCUCAUGAAGUGAGUGUUAAAUAUGGAGAUGACUUCCAUAUUCCGUUGUCGGAGGUAACUCCUAACCUCACCCUGGAGUACAGGUCCAUUGUUGUGGAGGCCAACUUGACAUCUAGACCUGCUAACAUGCUGCUGACCACCACAGGGGUAGCCAGUGAGGGCUACGUGGGUCGCAUUACUGUCAACGAUCGCCACAUCAUUCUUAACACUGUAACAGGUGCAGAUGAGGGCAGUUACACUGUCAGGGAUAAAGAAGGUGACAUUACAAGGAAAGUAUGUCUCAACGUCAGAGAGCAUCAAUCCUUUCCAACCCUGCCUUAUGGAAAAAGACUGAAGAUCAACCUGAUACUCAACAGCUCAUUGGUUCGCCUCUAUUACAGCCGCGACCGUGACCCCACACCCCAUCUGCUGAUGGACAAGGGAGAAUUCACAAAUGCCCAAACAGACCUGGGUUUUGAGGAUCGUCUGUCGAUGGAGGGUUCAUUGGUUUUUCUGGAUCAGGUCAAGGGUGCAGAUGCAGGCCAGUUCAAAGUUACUGACAUAUUGGGGUUCCCUGUGUCCAUCAUCCAACUGGAAGUGCAACCCUACAAGCUGGAGUCACUGUAUGUGGCCAUCAUCGCCCUGUUGGGCCUGCUGGUUUUCCUUCUGCUGAUUUGCCUGCUGUCCUGUCUGAUCAAAGUGAAGAAGAGGGCCAAGAGGUCUUCUGCCCUGGAGAAGAUUGCCGAGAACGCUGGCAAAGAGGAUGAGGGAGAAGCCUUCAGACAGGUGGUAAAGAACAUCACCAAACUCAGUGAGGAAUCCAAACAUUCCCAGGCUGACACUACAGAGAAAUCUCAGAGCACCGAGGUGGACAUUAAAGGUCUGGAGGUUUCCUCUAAAGAGGUUGGCAUUGGUAACCUAGAGACCAGUGACUCUGGUGUUGGCUUUAACACCGCCCUGCCUCUGGACACUGACACCGAGGCCCCUGACCAAAUCCCUGACUCUGAGGCUGUAAGCAUCUCUGUUGCCACUGAAGCUAAGCCAAGUCCACCGUCUGCUGCUGAGGCUGAGCCAAGUGCUCCACCAGCGAUGGAAAUGAAGCCCAGUCCAGUAGCUGAAACUAAAGCCAGCCCAGCACUUGAGAUCAAGAUAACCCCUGAUCUGCCUGUGGAAGUGAAGUUAGAUGUGCCCAAACCAGCAGAUGUUAAGCUUAGCCCAGCCCCAAGCCCUGAACCCAAGCGUAGUCCAGCUGAUCCAAAGCCUGCACCCAGCCCAAGUCUGGAACCCAAGUCAGCUACUCCUAAAGCCACAACUCCAACACCUGAAAGUAAGAGUGCCCUGACCCCCACACCUGAGACCCCCAAACUGACCACACCAGAACCUAUUACCAAUGGUACACCUGAGCUAGGCCCAGAUCAUGCUGAUCUUAUCGAAGGCUCAGCUCCAAAAGCAGCCCCUCCUAAAACCCCAGAAGUGGAGCUCAAAUCAAGUGGUGCCAUACUAGAGGCCAAAAUGGAUGCCAGCAAAGAGGGCACUGUGGCUGAAGAUUCAACCACCACAACCUGA